GAGGGCGAGGGCAGACUCGUUCUGAAUCACUCCACCCAUCUACCCGGCAUCAUCCCAGUCCUCCAGCGUCUCGCAGCCAUCAAGGGGAUCAAUACGAUUGUGCCGGGCAGGCUCAGCAGGUACGUCUACAACUGUCACAAGCUAACGCUGCGCAUCUCAACGGAGACAGACACUGGGUUCAAGCUGAUUGCAAGGAAGGGCACACAGGCGCAGGAGGUCUUCAUAGUCGGCGAUCUUGAGCAUGAGACACUGGAAGGCGCUAUCGCCUGGUGCCUCUAG